AUGAAACAUUUCAUGGCGACCACACUUUAUAAUGGCAAGCUUCCGUCGCUUGUGUUGGCAGACCCUAGUGGUCUAUUCACAUGGUGUCCGCAUUUGAAUUUGAUAUUUAUUGGUAUGAAUAGGACGUCAGUGUGGUGUUAUCGGAUGAAUGGCGAGCGAAUAUAUUCCAUCAACAACAAGUCAGCUGUCAGGCAUAUAGCGUUUCACGGGGAGUACUUUUGUUUGUCUGGGUCAGACAAUUUGAUCAAGAUCUAUAAUGCUAAUAAUGGGCAGUUGGUGAAAGUGUUGCCGCAAGAGUUUGAUGGUGUUGAGUUUGUUCAAUGGAAUGGCAGCGAGGAGAAGUUGAACUACUUGGUUGUGAGUGAUGGCAAGAGGUUGGUGGUUACGUUUAACCAGGUGUUGGGGGUGGACAUGGAGUGUGAGCUCAGUAUUCUGCAGCAGUUGUCGACUGACUUUUUUGAUCAGGUGUACUUGUCCGGAGAUAAGCUAGUCAGGGUAGGGUUUAAGAUUGAGAACCGCAAGUUGUACACGCAGCAGAUUGUUCAGGUGUGCCAGCUAGUCAGUUUGUUGGAGUAUAGCGGGGAGCACAUAGAAAAGCUAAAGAGCUUGGUGGCGCCAUACUUGCAGGCGAUGGAUCGGUAUAUGUCGAAUUUAGAGUCAGAGUGUGGAGACUUGGCGAGGUACUUGUCUGACCUUGUUGUGAGUAAUAUAAUUCCUGAAUGCACUAAAGACUAUUGGUUGAACCAGUAUGGCGAACGUGGGUAUAAGAAGAUGGUCAAGUUGGCGGGCGUAUAUGAGGCGGCAAUCAAGGUCACGUACCAGCACUUGGUAACUACCAUGGAGAGGGUGAUACUGGUGGUAGGGGAGUUGAUUGGUAUUUCCAAGUGGGAGCAAGGGUUGUUGGCGACGAAAGAGUUGGAGGAUUUAUUGGUUGAGGCCAAGCUGCAGCUUAAGUUUUAUUAUAGGUUUAUUUGGGACAUGCAGAGUGAGCGGCAGCAGACGCAGCAGUUUUUGGUGUGGACAAAGAGUAUUAUUGAUAUGUUGAAUGACCAGGAGUGUGAGGUGUGCUACUCGACAGCAGAGGUUUUGUGUUUUAUCAAUGAUGCACUUACAAAGAGUGUGAUGAUGAAGUAUUUUGAUAUUGAACUAGAGGUGAUACACCACCCAGAAAAGACGCCAAUGAGGAAUGUCUGUAUGGAUUUGACAACAAUCGACGAGUAUCAUCGGUCGAGGCUUGAGGUUGAGGUUUUAAGGGGUGUUUCGUUACCAGAGGUGUAUACAAACCUAAAGAUCGUGCAAUGGGCGGAGCCUAUAUUGACGUACCUACAGGGCACCGACCUAGCUAUUGCAAAUAUGGAUGCUGUCAUUUCUACAAUUCCAGACGUCUAUGCCUACCAACAUAGGGAACGCGAUUUGGUGGCACUCACAAAGAAGCUGUUGUUGAUUAUUGAUUCGUCGUCGUGUAUUCCUAUACCGCUACCAGAAACAUCAUUUCAGCCAACCAACAUUAUUUUGAACAAAGAGUAUGGAGUGUUGCUAGAUUCGACGAGACAGCACUAUUCAAUAGUUAGAAUUUAG